AUGCCUUGGUUCUGGUCCAGCUGCGACGAGUCCGCUUGCGCCGCCAUAAACCCCAACGCCCCAUCGACCGUCGGCCUCCUCUUCUCGCUCCUCCCGUUCCUCCUCACCUUUGCCGCCGUCGCCGCCUUCGCGAACCAAACCAUCUUCCCCAGACUCGCCAGGGUCCACGACGCCCACGAUGGCGAAGACCACUACCUCCCCUCGCACGCCCCGCCCAGCCUGCGCCAGGCCCACGCCGAACACGGACAAAAGAGCGCGAGGAGGCGCGUCGCGGCGGCCGUGUUUAGCGUCACGAUUGCGUUGGCGACGGUGCUGGGCGAGUUGAUACUGAGCGAGAUUUCGGAUCUGGUGAGCAGGCGCGCGAGGGAGGUUGGGUUAAGGGUUACGGUCCCGACGUUGCUUGUGCUGUUGGUGGGCGUUAUUCCGUUUCUGGAGAUUCAGACCGUCGUUUCGGGCGCUGGGUGGAAGUUUCAGCGGAAUGGGCAGGGGAGGAUACCGAGGUUCGCGUGGGGUGUGCAGAUCCUCGUGUUUGGCGGGUGGGUGUUUGCGUUUUGGAGCUUGGGGGGCUUGGUUGGGCUUGAUAAGACGGCUACGGCGGGCGGAGGGGUGUUGAGGGCUUGUUUGGAGAGGAUUGGCGUUAUUGGGAUCUCGCUGAUGGCGAUGCUGAGCGGGUUCGCGGCGGUGUCGAGUCCGUGGCAUACCCUCGGCGCGGUGUCGGAACGGAGAAAGAGGCCUGUUACGGAGGCGGAUGUUUCGAGGAAGGAGGCUGGGCUGGAUGCCACCAAUGAGAUGCUGUUGACGAAACGACACCGGCUUCAGGCGCUGGAGCGGAAGGCGGCGGAGGCGCAGUCGGGCGGGUCGUCUAGUUCCGGGGCCGGAGGCGGCGGCGGCGGGUUCAUGGGCAAGAUGCUCGGCGCCGUACGGGGCAUGGGCGGUGGCGACGAGGCGGAGAUGCGCGCUCUACGGCUGGAGAUUACGGGUCUCGAGACGAUGGAGGCGAAUCUGCAUUCCUCGCUGGGCGUGAUGCGCUCGCGGCGGGCGGCGGACGCGCGCGCGGCGACGACGUUGGGUAAAGUGUUGGCUAUCCCGCACUACGUCUUUUCGCUGUACUGCCUCUACCGGAUCCUGGCGACGACGCUGGCGACGUUGCGGAGGGCGUAUUACCCUUCCGCGAGCUUCAGCUCCUCGGACCCGAUUAACCGCUUCCUCGGCCUGCUGGCGCGGCACUGGGACCCGUCCCUGGACCAGAUUGCGUGGGCGCGGCAGAUUAGUUUCUUGUUGUCGGGGGUUAUGCUCGCGGCGAGCGCGAAUAGUGUCUUGCAGACGUUCCACCUGUUUUCCAAGUGGAUGCCGGGCUUGCUGUACCAGGCGCAGGCGAAUUUGGCUCUGAUGAUUGGGCAGAUUACGGCCGUGUAUGUUAUCAGUGCGGCGUUGUUGCUGAGGAGUAACUUGCCGCGAGAGAUGGGGAGCGCGGUCGGGGAUGCGUUGGCGGGCGCGCUGGAGCCAAGGUUCGUGGAUUGGUGGUUUGAGGGGUGGUUUUUGGCGAGUUGUGGUGUUACUGGGUUGGGGGUAUGGAUUUCGAGGAGGAUUGGGAGGGAGGAGUGGGAUGAGUUUGGGGCGGAGGAGAUGGGUGCUAAGAGGAUGUAG